CCUCCAAGUAAAAUGUGAAGGGCCCUCUCUCCGGAGGAAGCCCAGGCAUGGGGGGCAAGGUCCAACAGCUUGUUGUCUCUUGUUUAUCUCUGCAGCUUUCAUAACCCUUGUCUCUCUUCACCAGUGCCCUUGCCUUCCCCUGGCCUACCCCUGCUUGCUCCUUGGAAGCCUCACGUCGAACUGCACCUUGCUCCCACCUCCCACCCCGUGCGUUCUGUGGCCUCAUUACAACAGUGUCCUACACUGGUGCCUCCGGGACUACGUCUGUGUCAUCACCACUGAACUCCUAAAGCCCGGUUUCACCGAAACCACUGAAAAGCAUUUGGGAAAGUCAGACCUACAUUACAACAAGUACCAUAUGCCAAGAGCCUGCAGAUUAGUGAAGCCUCAGGAGUCGGCAUGGAGGAGACCAGAGAACAGAAUUGCCUGGAAGAGGGGCCAGCGGCUGCUCCCUUGCUGCACAUGUAGAGAUCUGAAACCAAACUGUGACACAUCUCCAUCAUUUCAGCUCUUGAGAUUUUAAAAGACAUAUGGAAAAAAACCAAGCUGGAGUGUGGAUGCAGCUACAUUCAUUGAACACUGACCAUGGGCCAGGAACCACCAUACUACUUUCUACAGUGGCCUCACCAUUUUACAUUUCUGUUGGUAGUGCACCAGGGUUCGGAUUUCUCCAGAUCACAGAGUCUGUGAAAGAAGUUUCUACAAUGGUUUGUUUAGCACUCAGGAGAGUUGCCCACAUGCAUGUCUACCUGGUGAGGAAGGCCAGCAGUGUCUCCAAAGGCCAUCAACAGGCUGUGGGCUCAAGACCUGCUGCUUCAAAGUUUGCUCCCCGAGGAGCUCUGGGCAGCGUGCUGGAGCUGCUAGGCAAAUCCUACCCUCAGGACAACUAUAGCAACCUGUCUCGGAAAGUCCUCUCCAAGGUUGGGAGGAAUCUGCACAAUCAGCAGCAUCACCCUCUUUGGCUGAUCAAGGAGAGGGUGAAGGAGCACUUCUACCAGCAGUAUGUGGGCCGCUUUGGGACUCCGCUUUUCUCGGUCUAUGAUGACCUUUCUCCAGUGGUCACCACCUGGCAGAACUUUGACAGCCUGCUCAUCCCAGCUGAUCACCCCAGCCGGAAGAAGGGAGACAACUAUUACCUGAAUGGGACUCACAUGCUGCGAGCACACACGUCCGCACACCAGUGGGACCUGCUGCGUGCUGGGCUAGAUGCCUUCCUGGUGGUGGGCGAUGUAUACCGGCGGGACCAGAUCGACUCCCAGCACUACCCAGUGUUCCAUCAGCUGGAGGGCGUCCGACUCUUCUCGAAGCAUGAGUUAUUUACUGGCAUAAAGGAUGGAGAAAGCCUACAGCUCUUUGAACAGAAUUCUCGUUCUGCCUAUAAACAGGAGACACAUACCAUGGAGGCCACAAAGCUCAUUGAAUUUGACCUUAAGCAAACGCUUACCAGACUUGUGACACAUCUUUUUGGAGAUGGACUGGACAUUAGGUGGGUAGACUGCUACUUCCCUUUUACUCAUCCUUCCUUUGAGAUGGAGAUCAACUUCCACGGAGAAUGGCUAGAAGUUCUUGGCUGUGGGGUGAUGGAACAGCAACUGGUAAAUUCAGCUGGUGCUCAAGAUCGGAUCGGUUGGGCUUUUGGCCUGGGAUUGGAAAGACUAGCCAUGAUCCUCUAUGACAUCCCUGAUAUCCGCCUCUUCUGGAGUGAGGAUGAACGUUUCCUGAAGCAGUUCCGUGUGUCAGAUAUCAACCAGAAGGUGAAAUUUCAGCCUCUUAGCAAAUACCCUGCUGUGAUAAAUGACAUCUCAUUCUGGUUACCCUCUGAGAAUUAUACAGAAAACGAUUUCUAUGACUUAGUACGAACAAUUGGAGGAGACCUGGUGGAAAAAGUUGAUCUGAUAGACAGAUUUGAACAUCCAAAGACACACAAGACCAGCCACUGCUACCGCAUCACCUACCGCCACAUGGAACGGACCCUGUCCCAGAGAGAGGUCGGGCGUGUCCACCAAGCUGUGCAAGAUGCUGCUGUGCAGCUGCUGGGCGUGGAGGGCAGAUUUUGAUGGUGCUACUUGGACCAGGCUGCAGCCUCUCAGGGCUCCAGGAUUCAUGAGAGAGAAAAGGAUACUGUUUGUAGACUGGGGCAUCAGUUAUGUUUUGAUAAAUGGGUCAGUUUUAGGACUUACAGAAAAUAAAGGAUCGCUCUUGAGAAA